UCGUCUGACGGUUAUUUCUCAGAUUGAUUUGAAGUAUUUUCGCUAAUUAUUCCUGGCAUUAUUAAUAGGUUUAUUUAGUACUAAUUAAAUUAUUGAUAAGAGGAUAUUUUUUACAUAUGUUCCUAUGUAUUAAAUAAUUAAAGUGAUGCUUAUUUGACGUUUCUAAUUAUUUUUUUUAUAAUACUUCGUCUGCUUGUCAGAUAACUAAACGUCAUAUAAAUAAUAUUCUAUUUAUUGUUGAGAAAUACAGUGAAAAUCGAGGACAAAAGUGGAUUUUUUCAAAACAAGAGCAUAGAGAUGUCUAUUUCGACAGCAUGCGACCCUUCUGUCGAAAGGCACUUUAUGGGUCACAAAGACACUAUCUCAGGAUUAUGUUUUCAUCCUAAUACCACACACAUCGCAUCUUCCAGCUUGGAUAAAAAUUUGAUGGUAUGGAACUUCAGCGAUUCCGUAAGAGCCUACAAGUUUUCAGCACACAAAGAUGUCGUUUUAGAUGUCGAUUAUGCUCCAUCCGGAGAAGUCGUGGCAACAGCAUCCAAGGACAGAUCUGUGAGAAUAUGGGUUCCUAAAAUCCAGGGAGAUUCUUUGGAUUUUAGAGCUCACACGGGCGCGGUGCGAUCCGUACAAUUUAGUCCCGAUGGUGAAAAGGUUCUCACACACCGACCACUAAUUACAUCCCACAAUUUAAUCGUCUUAUCAUCACUGCAGGAUACUAUCAAUCUCCCAUCUGGAGAAUAUUUCGCACAUCUCACCCAAUUUGUGUGGUCGGUAAAAGAAAGGAGGAACCUUCUUCUGCAUACCAUCCAAACACCGGCCGUGGACGUAGAAUUUCAUCCCAGUGGAGGAGCGAUCGGAGCUGCGAAUACAAAUGGCUGUGUGAAAUUAUAUGAUCUGAGAACAGCAUCAUUGCAUCAACAUUACAGUAUUCACACUGGUGUUGUUCACAAAGCAAAAUUCCACCCAAAUGGGAACUUCAUGUUAACUGCUUCCGAAGACUCAACGAUGAAGGUUUUGGAUUUGCUCGAAGGCCGUCCCAUUUACACCCUUAAAGGUCAUGGGGGUGGAAUAACAUCGAUAGCGUUUUCGAAAAGCGGAGAAUACUUCACAUCCGGAGGAUCGGAUCGGCAGCUUUUGAUGUGGAAAUCUAACUUUGACAGAGACGACAAAGCGAGAAAAGUUGCGAGAAAACUGAUACCAUCGAAUCCCAAAUUGAAGUUGGACAAGCCUUUGUCUGAGAGUGUCAAGCCUCUCGAAAGGGAGUCUCACGAUGGAGAAGGAGAAGAAGAAGAAGAAGAAGAAGAAGAGGAUGAGGAAAAUCUGGAUGAAGUAAAAGAGUUCUUCUCACGAUCGGUCCAAAGUAUUAAAGACUUCGAGCCUAAGCGCAGAAGUUACGGAGAAUGCUUCUUCACUUUGCCUGGAGAAAAGGUAAAGGUUGAGGUGAUCAAUUUGAGAAAUUCGCGACCACAGGUGCAAGGUCACGUUGCUUCCUUACCGGUUUGUCAAGACGGAUCAAGAGCUGUUUCGGAAUCUAUGAGCCAAACUAGUACCGUCAUCGAGGCCCUCAGUGACCAAGUCGAAUCUAUACGGAACACUGUCGUUUUACUCGAACAACGACUCACUGUCCUAGAGGAAGAACUGAAAAACUAGAAUAUUUCAUACGGUUCGUCUACUUACAUAUGUUCAGUUCUUUAAAAUAAUUGGUAUUUUUUACUUUUUAUCAAUUAAAUAUUAUUUUUAUUUUUGUAUAAACGUAACAUUAGUAAGUUACAUACUUAUAGUUACUAAGCUUUUAAGAUUAUUGUCGAAAAGGUAAAGAAAAGAGCCUAUUGUUGUAAAUAAGUGUAUUUGCUUAAAGAAAUUAAACGAUUUCCAUCCCUAA